AUGCCUACUUCGUCCUCAAACAGCAACUCUGGUAGCUCCGGCUCCAGCAGCUCCAGCGGUGGCGGCUACGAAAUCACCUCCAGCGGAACCAACGACCAGGGCAACCACUAUUGCUCCCGCGAUUACGGCUCCUCUACUAGCAACGACAACGCAUACCACUACUCCAAUACCGAUGGCAUGAGCAUGUUGUCUUGA